AUGUUUCACACUAUUAGAUGCGCUCGUUCUAAGCUUAACGCUAACAUUCCCCGUCAGAACUACCGUACAAUAUACACUGGCACUUCGUCGCUCAGAAGAUAUGCAUUUCCAAUAUCGCGUCAACCUCGGCGCGCUCAGAAUAGGGGAGCGAAGCGGAAGUCUACUAUCACAUUCGACGACUUUCCCCCACGUGUUGUCAAUGAACUGCCAUUGAAUCCCUUGCCGCCCACGGAGUCAGAAUUGAGGGAGUCUGAUACAAAGCCAAUUAAGACGAAGAAAUGCGCCGCUAAAACCGAAGAUGAUGAUGAGCUUCCUCAAGGUCUCAUCCCCCUAGACCCUUUGCCGAUUGAGAAUACAGAACCCACAUUACCAACUGUACUUUUGCAAGCCCGCAACAACAUUCGAAAAUUUGAGAACUGUGUGCUCCUCACCCGCGUGGGAGGAUUCUAUGAGUUAUAUUUUGAACAUGCGGAUGAAUUUGGACCACUCCUGAACUUGAAAGUUGCACAGAGAAAGACUGGGAAGAAAGAUAGUCCUGUCUAUGUGUCUAUGGCAGGUUUCCCUUUCUUCCAACUGGAUCGUUAUCUCAAGAUUUUGGUCCAAGAUUUGCAUCGCUAUGUUGCAAUUGCAGAGGAGUUCAAGAAUGAUGCGGUAGCACAAUCGAAGUCCGGGGGCCUUUUGAAUGAUAGGAAAGUCACUCGGGUCAUCACUCCCGGGACGUUGAUUGAUGAGUCUUUCAUGGAUCCUUUCACGAACAACUAUGUUUUAGCUGUUCAUGCUGCCGACAAUCCUCAGACUGACAUGGAAACUUUGGGAACGGAUGAAUCUGCUCCUGUACGCCUGCAGCAGCCUUCUAUGACCCUCGGUCUGGCAUGGAUGGAUCUGUCCACUGGCCAUUUUUUCACCCAAACCACAACUCUUUCUUCGCUACCAUCAUUCCUUGCUCGUAUUGGACCUCGAGAGAUCGUCUUAGAUGAAGGAUUCAAAGGCGAUGAGGACCACGCUAUUUUCAAUGUGCUUGCGGAGGACCAACACAUAGUCACAUACGCUCUUGCAACAGAAUUCAAACCGAUGAAAGAUUGGUCACCUAUGUUGGAAUCACCAAUAUUUCCAAGUAAAGCCGAGGAAUUCACUGAUGAAGAGGUUGCCGCUGGCAGUAUUUUGAUUCAGUACGUGGAGGAGAAACUUCAGGGCUCGAAUAUGAAACUUCAACCCCCUUCGCGUCAAUUGGAUAUGAUGGGAAUAGACAAGAACACUAUGCGAGCACUGGAAAUAAAGAAGACAAUGAGAGAUGAUCAGUUCACAGGAAGCUUACUGCACACAAUUCGAAGAAUGACUACUAAAGGCGGCGCAAGAUUAUUAGAGACUUGGUUAAGUUCCCCUUCGACAUCUCUCGACAUUAUCAACUCACGUCUCGAUCUGGUAUCACAUAUGCUAGAAAAUGCGGAUCUGAGAGAGAGAAUUUGUAUCCUUCUCGGACGAUCUCAUGAUUCCCAUCGUCUUCUUCAGAAAUUCGCAUUCGGCCGCGGAGACCCAGAUGACCUGCUGGCCCUCUCAGCCACCAUUCAAGCAACGCAGGACCUGGUGACUACUUUGCUCUCUUCUACAACGCCAUCUUCAGCUUGCAUUCAUGCUCUCGCUACUCGUAUCGAUCUUGAAGGUCCUCUUGCUCUUGCUUCACGGAUCCAGGAAGCUAUCGACGAGGAAGGUGUCUCUCAGAAGCAUCUUAUCGAGACAGCAGAGGAAGAAGAAAUCCGCGCUUUAGCUAAUGCAGUGGUAAGUGGCGACGAGAAUGGCUUGGAAACUUCCGCAACUCCCAAAACGAAACGGAAAAAGCCAACAAGUAUACGAGAACAUUACUCGGACGACACAGAAGCCUGGAUAAUGAAACCGGCGGCAUCGAAAACUCUCCAACGCCUACAUCAAUCUUUAUUGGAGUUAGCAGAUGAGAAGAUAGAACUCACCGAAUCGCUGAGCGCUAGUUUAGAAGCACCUUCUCUGACACUCAAAUUCACACCUGGUCUAGGUCAUAUUUGUCACAUGAAAGGGAAAGAUGCAUCUCGUUCUCUCGGAGAGGGCAAACGAGUCUCUUCCUCCAAAUCCACAACUUCUUUCCAUCACCCAUCAUGGUCUGAUCUAGGCUCCCGAAUCGAUCGAUGUAAAGAUCACAUUCGCGCCGAGGAACAACGAGUAUUCCGUGACCUUCGAGAGCAAGUCAUCCUGAACAUCGUGAAGCUGCGAAAGAAUGCAAACGUACUGGAUGAGCUGGACAUCGGCUCUUCUUUCGCAGUGCUCGCGGCGGAGAAGAGUUGGACAAGGCCGGUAUUGAACACCAGCACGACACAUAAGAUUAUAGGCGGUAGACAUCCAACAGUAGAGGGAGGAUUGAUGGAAGAUGGUCGGGCAUUUACUACUAACGAUUGUUUCGUUGGCGAUGUGGAAAGAACAUGGUUGAUUACAGGUCCCAAUAUGGCCGGAAAGAGUACGUUUCUGCGACAGAACGCUCUCAUUACGAUUCUUGCCCAAGUCGGCUCAUAUGUGCCAGCACAGUAUGCAGAGAUUGGAAUUGUUGAUCAAAUCUUCAGCCGUGUUGGCUCCGCGGAUAACCUCUUCAAGGAUCAGUCGACCUUUAUGGUCGAAAUGUUGGAGACGGCAACAAUACUGAAGCUUGCGACGCCGCGAUCCUUUGUGAUCAUGGACGAGAUAGGCAGAGGGACAACUCCGAACGAUGGCACCGCGGUAGCUUUUGCUUGUCUGCAUCACCUGUACAAUGUGAACAAAUGCAGAACUCUAUUUGCAACACAUUUUCACAAUUUGGCAGAUAUGGCAAUCAAGAGACGAAUGGAGGGAGUUGGGUUUUAUUGUACAGAUGUGAAAGAAGAUGCUGAAGGCGAGGGAUUCAGAUAUGUGCACAAAUUGAGGGAAGGAGUGAAUAGGAGCAGUCACGCAUUGAAAGUGGCGAGAUUGGCUGGACUGCCGGAGGACGCAAUUGCGGUGGCUAAAGAAGUUUUGGACGAGAAGAUAUUCGCAAUGUAG